CUCUCUUGUGCCUUAUUAUUGAGUAACCCAUUCCUCUAUUGUCCAGUUCCAACUCACAAAAUUCAUAUUAUAAUCCACCUGCCUUCCAAGGAACCCUCCAACCUCUCUUCAUCUUUAUAUAUAUAUAUAUAUAUAUAAUCCCAAACUAACUGUCACCACAUACACACAUACAUACAUCCAUCUAUAUAUCCAUCUUCCUCUCCCCAAUCCCCAGUGUCUGUGUGUGUGUACGUGAUCGGCAGCUGCGUCAUGCGGGCGGUGACGAUGAUCUUUCUUAUUCUUGGGAUGCUUUUAGUUCAUGGCACUAACGCUGAGCUUCAACGCUUCGAGCAUCCCACCAAAGCCGACGGUUCGCUUACCGCUUUGGUGAUCGGUGAUUGGGGAAGAAAGGGACAAUACAACCAGUCUGAGGUCGCUUACCAGAUGGGUGUGACGGCAGAGAAGAUGGAUGUUGAUUUGAUUAUUUCCACGGGAGACAACUUCUAUCCUGGCGGAUUGAGUGAUGUAAAUGAUCCAGCUUUCGAUGAAUCAUUCACCAAAAUCUACACAGCUCCUAGCCUGCAGCAGCAGUGGUAUACUGUUUUGGGAAACCAUGACUACAGAGGUGACGCCUUAGCACAAUUGAGUCCCGUCCUCCGGGGAAAGGACGGCAAUUGGUUUUGCAUGAAAUCAUACAUCUUGAACACAGAUGUUGCGGAAUUCUUUUUCAUAGACACGACACCGUUCCAGGAUAAAUACUUCAAUGAUCCAGAAGAUGAAGUGUAUGACUGGAGAGGCGUGCUUCCAAGGGAUAAAUACCUAUCAACUCUCUUACAGGAUUUGGAGUCGGCACUAAAAGAAUCGCGUGCAAAAUGGAAAAUCGUGGUUGGUCACCACACAAUUAAAAGCGCUGGAAUCCAUGGUAAUACACAGGAGCUUGUACAAAAGCUUCUUCCAAUCCUCGAGGCAAAUGAUGUUGACCUUUAUAUAAAUGGACACGAUCAUUGUUUGCAGCACAUCAGUAGUUCUGACAGCCCUCUUCAAUUUCUAACAAGUGGGGGUGGGUCAAAGGCAUGGAGGGGUUAUUACGAUUGGCCCAAUGCAAAGGAGAUGAAGUUCUAUUACGAUGGACAAGGUUUCAUGACAAUGCAAAUUGCUGGGGGUGAUGUUGAUAUCAACUUCUAUGAUAUUUUUGGCAACAUACUGCACAAAUGGAGUGCAUCAAAGACAUUCUUCUCUCAAAUUUAGAUUUAUUCGUUGCAAGAUAUGUAAAGCUCAGUGUCACAACUAAAACCCUAAUUAAUUGCUGUCAACAUUUAUUAUAUGUAUCUGCAAAAUAUUCAUGGAGUACGUGAUUAUUAAUAUUGGAGAUUAUGUAAUAUUAAUUAUAUUUAUUUUGGA